AUGGAGCACCGGGACAGAGUCCUGGUGGGGAGGAUACCCGCAGAGGGAGGAGCAGGAAUCACGGACCACGGAGGUGACUGGCGAGCCCUGUGCAAGCCAAGGGAAGAGGGAAAUGGCGGAGGCUUCACCCCGGCCCUUCCCCAGCCCUCCAGCCCCGGCCCAGAAUCCCCGGUGCUGGCCAAGGUGCUGAAGCCGCCGGCGCUGGGGCAGCCCCGGCCCAACCGUCACAAACACCCAUGCUCCCGGCAAGGCAAGGGUGGCCCGCUGCCCCGUGGCUACCUGCAGGACUCCUCGGGGGCGGGAAGGGGCCUGCAGGGUGUCAGGGGCUGGGACUCCACGCGGGAGGUCCGCUCGGGCUCCACACGUGCGGGCGGGCAGCGGGGCCGUUGGAGACACUGCCAGGAGCCGGCUGGGGCAGAGCCCUUCGGGGUGCGGGUGCAUCCGAGCUGGAGUCCGCGUCCCCGCGGGCCCGAGCCCGAGCCCGACGCCCACAGGGCGCCUCGCAGCCCUCCGGGGGCGCCGGAACUUCCGGACGCGUUUGGCCGUAGCAGCGGCGUGAGGCUGGGGCCCGUGCCCCGGGGGCCCUGCCGGCCUCCAGCCUCCAUCACCGGGAGCUUGCUGGUCACUCACUCUGCCGACUCCUGGUCCCCUUUCUCUGCCCCAGAACUGGUCUCUGCGGUGCCCGAUCCCUGCCUGUCUGCUCUGCUUCUCGACAAGCUCCCAGCACCCGGGGUCUUGCCAGCAUGCCGUCCGGAGGCCGAGAGCCGCUGUGAUGUCUGUGCCACACACCUGCACCAGCUCACGAGGGAGGCCCUGCACCUGCUCCAGGGCCCGGCCGGCCGCGGUGGCCCUGAUGUCCUUCGAGGAGGCAUCCCAGCCCCCAGCCCCGGAACCAUGACCAACUCCAAGGACACACCUGGGCCGGUAGGCCCUGCGGGGAGACAGCCCCCAGCAGGGCCCGACAGGAGGAAAGGCCCAGCCUGGCCGUCCGGACCAAGCGUCCAGGUGUCCGUGGCACCCGCGGGCCUUGGGGGUGCUCUGAGCACCGUCACCAUCCAGGCCCAGCAGUGCCUGGAGGGCGUGUGGGGUCUCUCAAGGAUCAACAGCUUCUUGCCGCCCACCUGCCUGGCGGAGGCGGCCGUGGCUGCCGUGGCUGUGGCGGACUCUGUCCGCGAUGCCACCCCCAUUGCGGGCCUGGACGGCACGGCCGGGCCGUGGAGCCGUGGGGCGGCCUGCACGUCGGCCCUGGUCACCCCGGCCCCAGGCACCUCCGCAGGGGGCUCGGCGGCGUCUGCCGCAGCCUCCUUCUUCAUCAGGGCUGCCCAGAAGCUCAGCCUGGCCUCCAAACGCAAGAAGCCCGCCCCGCCGCCCGCCCCUGCCGCCCGCAGCACCUGCACCUACCCCACGGACUUCAGCGGCGUCCUGCAGCUGUGGCCACCCCCGGCACCCCCCUGCCUGCUCAGGGCAGCCAAGGCCAAGGACAACCCCGGAGGCUUCGGAAAGGUGAAGGUCAUGCUGCGGAUCUGGCCGGCACAGGGCGCGCAGCGAUCGGCUGAGUCCACGUCCUUCCUGAAGGUGGACCCCCGGAAGAAGCAGGUGACUCUGUACGACCCGGCUGCCGGCCCCCCCGGCGGUGCGGGCCUCCGGCGCACGGCUACGGCAGCCGUCCCCAAGAUGUUUGCCUUCGACGCCAUCUUCCCCCAGGACUCAGAGCAGGCCGAGGUCUGCUCGGGCACCGUGGCUGAUGUGCUGCAGUCUGUGGUCAGUGGGGUGGAUGGCUGCAUUUUCUCGUUCGGCCACGGGAGCCUUGGCAAGUCCUACACCAUGAUUGGGAAGGACAGCUCACCCCAGAGCCUGGGCGUGGUGCCCUGCGCCAUCUCCUGGCUCUUCAGGCUCAUCGAGGAGCGCAAGGAGAGGACCGGAGCGCGCUUCUCCAUCCGGGUCUCCGCGGUGGAGGUGUGCAGCCGCGACCAGAGCCUGCGCGACCUGCUGGCCUCGGUGGCCUCGGACAGCCUGCAGGACGCCCAGUCUCCAGGCGUGUACCUGCGGGAGGACCCCGCGUGCGGGGCACAGCUCCAGAACCAGAGUGAGCUGCGGGCGCCCACCGCGGAGAAGGCCGCCUUCUACCUGGACGCAGCCCUGGCUGCCCGCAGCUCCGGCCUUGCUGGUGGGGAGGAUGCCCGGCGCAGCUCCCACCUGCUCUUCACCCUGCAUGUCUACCAGUAUCGCGUGGAGAAGGGCGGCCAGGGAGGAAUGUCCGGAGGCCGGAGCCGCCUGCACCUCAUCGACCUGGGCAGCUGUGAGGCGGCGCCCGGCAGGGGUGCAGAGGCCGCCGGGGGGUCCCUGUGCCUGUCCCUGUCGGCCCUGGGCAGUGUCAUCUUAGCCCUGGUCAAUGGUGCCAAGCACGUGCCCUACAGGGACCACAGACUCACCAUGCUGCUGCGGGAGUCCCUGGCUGCCAGCGGCUGCCGCACCACCAUGAUCGCCCAUGUCUCGGACGCCCCGGCGCACCACGCCGAGACGCUCAGCACCGUGCAGCUGGCCGCGCGCAUCCAGCGCCUGCGCAGGAAGAAGGCCAAGUACGCCUCCAGCUCCUCGGGCGGGGAGAGCUCCUGUGAGGAGGGCCGGAGCCGCCGCCCCCCACACCUGCGACCUUUCCAUCCCCGCUCCGCAACCCCAGACCGUGACCGCCUGGCGCCCGGCCUGCCGGGAGAUCCGGACUACUCCUCCAGCAGCGAGCAGUCCUGCGACACCGUCAUCUACGUGGGGCCUGGCGGGGCGGCGCUGUCUGACCGGGAGCUUACCGACAAUGAGGGCCCGCCUGACUUCGUGCCCAUCAUCCCCGUGCUGAGCCGCCGCCGGCCCUCCGAAGGCCCGGGAGAGGCCGACCACUUCCGCUGCAGCACCUUUGCGGAGCUGCAGGAGCGGCUGGAGUGCAUCGACGGCAGUGAGGGCCUCCCGGGGCCCCCGGGGGGCUCGGAGGGGGCACAGGCCAGCCCCGUCCGAGGGGCCAGGAGGCCCUCGCCACCCGAGUCUGCGUCCCCCAGGAAGUCUGUGGGCCCCCCGAUGGCCACAAGCACCCCUCGAGGAAGCCAGGGGGCAGAUAGCAGCGGGGGCGCCUUUGAGCCCCCCAGGGCUGCCGCCCAGGGUGACCAGAGGGCAGACCGGUGUGCCCGACCCGAGUCGCCAGCCCUGGACAAGACCCCGGCAGGGGGAGGCAGGCGACCGCUGCCCGGUCCCGCCCUUCCACCUCCUCGGCAGCCAGGAGCCCCGGGCGCUCCUGUGGAACCCGGGGGAAGGGGCGCUGACGGCGUGGCGCGCGCGCCCCCCGUGGGCAUGAGCGGACAGGUGUGCCCGGGUCAGCAGCCUCUGUUCCCUGCAGACCCGGCCUGUCCCUGCCCGGCCGCUCACGGCCGCCGUGUGGAACGCGGCCUGCUGACCACCACGGUGACAGUGCAGCAGCCCGUGGAGCUGAACGGCGAGGAUGAGCUGGUGUUCACGGUGGUGGAGGAGCUGCCCCUGGGGCCGCUGGCGGGCGCUGCGCGGCCCUCCAGCCUGGCCAGCUUCGGCAGCGACUGCUCCCUGCAGGCGCUGGCCUCAGGCUCGCGGCCCGUCAGCAUCAUCAGCAGCAUCAAUGACGAGUUCGACGCGUACACCUCCCAGGCCCCCGGGGGUCCGGGUGUUCCGGGGGGCGCCCUGGAGGGGGCAGCCUGGGCGGGCGGCAGUCCCUGCUCCUCCAUCGGCUCCUGGCUCAGUGAGGUCGAAGUCUGCACAGCCCUGAGCUGCAGCCCCACGCUGCAGCCGCCCUUCAGCCCCAACUUCACAGCAGCGGCUGGGCCCUUGGACCCCUCUGCCUCGGGCAGCUCGCUGGAGGACGGCAGCCUCGGGGCCCUGGGUCCCAGCACACCCGGCGAGCCUGGCCCUCACCCGAGAGAGUCAGCUGUGGCAGCCCUGGCCCAGCCCGGCAGGGAGCCCUGGGCUAGGGCGCUGCAGGGGACGGCCCUGGCCCCAACCAUCCACUCCAGCCUCCCCCGCAAGCCAAGGACUACCUCAGCAGCCGGCCGUGCAGGCUGCGCUGCCCCGAGCCGGGGUCCCCUCAGCCCCAGAGGCCCCUCUGAGGACCCCUGGCUGCUCCGCGCAGAUGAUGGUGACGCAUUCCAAGUGGCCUCAGCCAGCGAUGGCCCCAGCCCGCCGCCCGGCACCCCCCGGCUGCCCGAGGCACAGGCCAUGCUGGCCUGCAUCCAGCGGGUGGCGGACGGGCACGAGGUGGCUGCCAGGGCCACCCGCAGGCCAGAGGUGGCGGUGCGGACCCCGCCCCUGCGGAGGGGGGCCACCACGCUGGGGGUGACCACGGUCACCGUGUCCUGCGGAGGAUCCUCUGCCGAGGGUGGGGUCUGCCCGAGCAGCGCAAAGGCCUUGCCCGGCAUCAGGAAGAGCACAGCCCCCAGGGGGGGCUUCUUCCCCAGGCCCACUGGGGCAGGGCCCCCCGCCCCGCCCGUGCGCAAGUCCAGCCUGGAACAGAGCAGCCUGGCCCUGGGCUCAACCCGGCCCGGCGCCACUGCUGCCCUCCGUGGGGAGGAGGAGGCCAGGCCCAACAGCCGGACCGACCAUGCGGCUCCCAAGGCCACGUCCAGCCUGAAAGCCCGGACCGGCAAGGUGGAGAUGGCGGCCCGCCCCGCCGGCCACAUGUCCUUGGAGCGGUAUGAGGGCCUGGCUCACAGCACCAAGGGCCGAGAGGGCCCUGGGCGGCCACCCCGGGCCGUGCCCAGGCUGGGUGUGCCUCCUGCCAGCCCCACCCCUGAGCCAUCUGCUGCCUGCAGGGGCAGCUCGGCCAAGGCUGCGGGCGCUGGAAGGCCACCUGCCAGCGGGGCCAAGGGCCGGAGCCCGGUGGCCAGUGGGUCUCGGGCCCUGGGGGCUCCGGCAAAGCCGCUGGCCCCUGUGCCGGGCAGGGCCUCCGGGGGCGCAGUGACCAGCCCCCGGCCAGCCUCGCGGGCCGUGCCUGGCAUGGGCUCCAAGGCCGGCCGGGGUACCGUCAUGGGCACCAAGCAGGCGCUCCGGGCCGCCCAUAGCCGCGUCCACGAGCUGGCAGCCGGCGGGGCUCCCGGCAAGAACGGCCCCUUAUGGGGCUCGGCCGACUCGGACAGCGGCAACGACAGUGGCGUGAACGUGGCGGAGGAGCGGCCCCCGGCCAGUGCCGCCCUGCCCUCCCCCUACAGCAAGGUCACCGCGCCCCGGCGGCCCCAGCGCUACAGCAGCGGCCAUGGCAGCGACAACAGCAGCGUGCUGAGUGGGGAGCUGCCGCCCGCCAUGGGCCGCACCGCGCUCUUCUACCACAGCGGCGGCAGCAGCGGCUACGAGAGCGUGAUGCGGGACAGCGAGGCCACGGGCAGCGCCUCCUCCGCCCCCGACUCCACCAGCGAGAGCGGGGCCGCCUCCCCCGGCGCCCGGGCACGCAGCCUCAAGUCCCCCAAGAAGAGGGCCACAGGCCUUCAGAGGCGACGGCUGAUCCCGGCGCCGCUGCCUGAUGCCGCCGCCCUGGGCCGCAAGCCUAGCCUCCCCGGGCAGUGGGUGGACCUGCCCCCACCGCUGGCCAGCUCUCUGAAGGAGCCCUUCGAGAUCAAGGUGUAUGAGAUCGAUGACGUGGAACGGCUGCAGAGGCACCGGCUGCCCCCUCGAGAGGACCCCGCCCAGGCCUCCCAGGAUGUGGAGAAGGGCCUGGUGUGUGUCGGCUCCAGGCUGCGGCUGGCGGAGCGCCGGCAGCAGAGGCUGCGGGAAGUGCAGGCCCGGCGCGAGUAUCUGUGUGAGGAGCUGGCGGAGACGCAGGGCCGGCUCAUGGUGGAGCCUGGCCGCUGGCUGGAGCAGUUUGAGGUGGACCCCGAGCUGGAGCCCGAGUCUGCCGAGUACCUGGUGGCGCUGGAGCGAGCCACGGCCGCCCUGGAGCAGUGUGUGAACCUGUGCAAGGCCCAUGUCAUGAUGGUCACCUGCUUCGACAUCAGCGUCGCGGCAGCCCCGGCCCGGCCCGGGCCACAGGAGGUGGACGUCUGAGGCGGGCACGAGGGCCUGCAGGGGUGCGAGGCUGGGGCAGCGUG